CUGAAGCUAAUGAAACACGAGAGAGAUACGGCGGAGGGAUACCAGAGUGCGCAGCUGCGCAGAGUCACUGGACACAGAGCGAAUGCUGUAGUGUUGACAUAUUUAAUUUUUGCUAAAGAUUUUCAAACGUAUCGCCACUAUGCCGGGAAUGAUGGACAAAGGAUCGGAGUAUCUGGGGAAAGGUCGCUCAAAUGGGACGAAAAGCCCGUCGAACGCCUCGAAUGGACAUUUCUCGGACGAGAGCGGUAGCGACGACGAGCACGAUGUGGGCAUGCGUGUGGGGUCCGAUUAUCAAGCAAAUAUCCCCGAGUUUGAUCCAGGCUCCACAAAAUACAGCGAUAAAGACAACGGUGGCAUGUUGGUUUGGUCUCCAUAUCACACAAUAGUUGACUCUAAAUUGGACGAGUACAUUGCAAUUGCGAAAGAAAAGCAUGGCUACAAUGUUGAGCAGGCUCUCGGCAUGCUCUUCUGGCACAAACACAACAUCGAGAAGUCCCUUGCUGAUCUGCCCAACUUCACGCCCUUCCCUGAUGAGUGGACGGUGGAGGACAAGGUGUUGUUUGAGCAAGCCUUCAGUUUCCACGGGAAGAGCUUCCAUCGGAUCCAGCAGAUGUUGCCGGACAAAUCCAUAUCCAGUCUUGUGAAGUACUACUAUUCAUGGAAAAAAACACGAUCCCGAACGAGUCUAAUGGACCGACAAGCGCGAAAGCUGGCAAACCGGAAUAAUCCUGAUGAAAGUGAGGAAGAGAUGGAGGAGGCCAACCCGGUUGAGACCAACGACAGUGAUUAUGAUCCUACGAAAGAGGCCAAGAAGGAGAGUCAUGCAGAGCCUCAGACGCUGAGCUCCAAAAUCGCUCUGGGCCGGAGAGAGCACCAGACGCUGCAGCACCGUCACCACAGCCAGCGCUCCAAGUGCCGCCCGCCCAAAGGCAUGUACCUCACGCAGGAGGACGUGGUGGCGGUCUCCUGCAGCUCCAGCGCCGCUAACUCUGUCCUGCGUCAGCUGGACAUGGAGCUGGUGUCCCUGAAACGACAGGUUCAGAACGCCAAGCAGUUAAACAGUGGACUUAAGCAGAAGAUUGAAGAUGGCAUUGAUGAGUUCAGACUGCCUGAGUGCACCCAAAAAAUUAAUGCCCGCUGGACAACAGACGAGCAGCUUUUGGCAGUGCAAGGAGUACGGAAAUACGGGAAGGACUUCCAAGCUAUUGCUGAUGUGAUCGGGAAUAAAACGGUGGGGCAGGUGAAGAACUUCUUCGUGAACUAUCGGCGCCGCUUUAACUUGGACGAGGUGCUUCAGGAAUGGGAGGCAGAGCAGGGGACCCCCAACGGAGACGGUGCCAACUCUGGCGAGGAUGGAAAGAACAGCAACAUCUCCUCGGGAAAGAGCACCGACGAGGAAGAGGAAGAGGGUCAGGUGACCCCAGCCUCGGGUCCGUCUCCUGUAGCCACCUCAGUGUCUCUAACAUCAGCCAGCAGCUCCAGCUCUCUGAACCAGCCUCCUCCUCUUCUGCGUCCAUCUCUUCCUGCCACUCCAGCGCUACACCGUCAGCCUCCGCCUCUGCAGCAGCAGGCCCGCUUCCUUCAGCCCCGUCCCGCCCUGAACCAGCCCCCGCCGCUCAUCCGGCCCUCCACCCCCCUCCCUCCGCGCCUCAACCCCCGCCCCACAGCCCCUGUACCCGCGCCGGGCCAGCAGCCGCCCACUCUGGUGGGCAUCCCGUCCGACACGCCCUCCUCCUCUCUACACUGAGGGGUUUUAUAUUUGUGACAUUGCUGAUGAAGGUAAUAAUUGGUUAGAAGUUCUCGUUGUGAAUACUAGGAAACAAAACGUUGUUUUAAACUGUAUAUAUUAGUUACGUAACUUUCUAUUUAUUUGAACUCAAUUUUUGUUUUAUUUUAGAUUUUGUAAUCAUGUUGUAUCUUUAAAGCGAUGGUUGACCCACAGAUUAAAAUCUCCGCAUGAUUUACUCGCCCUCGAGUCAUCCUAGGUGCACAUGACUGUCGUCUUUCAGAUGAGUACGAUCGGAGUUAUAUUAAACAUUGUCUUGGCUCGUCCAGGUUUUAUAAUGGAAGUGAAUGGCUGUUGAGAUUUUGAAGCCCAAUAAGGUGCGUUCAUCCAUCAUAAAAAGUGCCCCACACGGCUCCAGGUGGUUAAUAAAGGCCUUCUGAAGCAAAUAGAUGUUUGUAUAAGAAAAAAAUUUAAUAGACAAGUUUUGUUGACUGGUGUUUUGUUUUCAAAAACAAGCGUUUCCACGUUCAUCACUUCUCUCUCGUGAACGUUUGUACGUCAGUUAAGGUUACGGUAUAUCGAAUUAAAAAAAAUAAUUCUUGCACAUGCAUCAGUUUGUUUCAGAAGACCUUUAUUAACCCGUAGGAAGCACUUUUUAUGAUGGAUGGAUGCACUUUAUUGGGCUUCAAAGUCUCAACAGCCAUUCACUGCCAUUAUAAACCAUGAAAGAGCCAGGACAUUAACUAUAACUCCGAAUGGAUUCAUAUGAAAGAAGACCAUCAUAUAAUCGUAGGAUGCCUUGAUGGUGAGUAAAUCACCGGAUAAUUUUCAUUUUUGCGUGAACUAUCGCUUUAAGUCUUUAAAAUAUUGUGUUCUAUCUCCGCACUUUUUCUUGUUGUCCUUCAGUAUCUAUGAUGUAACAGCAGACCUCUUUAAAAUGGUUUUGCUUGUUGUUAUUUUGUAGUUCACCGGUGUCUGUGGUUGAUUAUUAUGUGUUUCAUAUUUUAAUAUUUGGUGCUACAGACUGACAGAAUAUCACCUGUCCAAAUUCUCUUGCCAUCAAAGUGCUCUUAACAAGAAAAUAUAAUCUCAUACUUAAUUGAAAUCAUAGAAAAUUCCUACUGUCAUACCUUUUUUUUUUUUUCUCGUCUUUUAAUUAUAAUCUAAUCGGGGUUUAUGUAUAAACCGGUUUGACUUGCAGAAUAGUGUAAACACUUUCCACCAGGCGUUAAGCUGUUGAAGUGAGUUGUUUGAUUAGUGGUGUGCUGUUUAAUCAGAAUAUGCAUGUAGCGUUACCCUUCUUCUACCACAUAAAGAGUGCAGUUGAUCAGAUCACACACACAUGCACAGGGUUUCCCAUUAAGCUCUAUAUUCUGGUUAAACCUUUAUUCUGAAAGAUGUUUGCAUAAUACACAGCUCUGAAGAUUACUGUAUACAAGAAAUGAGCAUUAUCAGAAUAAACUAGUGAACAUUAUUUCCCCUUUAUUCUCUUCUGGACAUAAUGGUGAUGCCCUUACCAUUUGUUUUUAUUAUUUUAAGCAACUAAUUUUUCAUUGAUGUUACUUUUUUUUAAUGACAUUUCUUUAUUGUAGAACAUUAGUAGUUUUGCUCCAAGAUGUAUAAUCCAGAACGACCUUAGUUUGGACGUGCAGACAUUCAGUUACAGUGUUUUUAAGGUCUUUACAAGACAUAACACUGUCUCAUUCGUCUCUUUGAAAAAGGAAAUGUUAAUCUGGUUAUGGUAGUCUACAUUUACAUAAUCAGAAUAUGACCAAUCUUGAAUUAAUGCUGGAAUAUUCUUGUGCAUGCAGACAGUCACUGUGUACAUGUUUCACUUGUGUAGAAAUUUAACCAUGAUUUAUCUAGUUUUCUUGGUAGUUCCUUAGAAGUUAUUUAUUUUUUUGAAGUCUUAACUAGGUUUUUAUGUGUGUGCUCCUUGCACUUAGAAAAUAAUCUUAAUGCUUAUUUCAGUGCUGUUUCUACUCUAUGCAGAUUGGCUGCAUAUUGAAAAGUGCUUAAUGUCUCCAAAAAUCAACAAUGUUUUGACGAUAUUAAGCGCUUUUACUUAAGUUUUACAUUUUUUUUUUUAAUGCAAACUAAUUGCAUUUUUAAAGAACGGGUUGUAGGCAGCUCCGAGUGUGGUGGCAUUAUAUGUAAAAUAAUGAAAAGUCUCUUCUCUAAAUCUGUGCCUAAAGCAUGUUCAUAUAUGUGAAGUGUCGUAUGGAAACAUUAAAACACGUUUGAACACAGA